UGUCAAUAUAAAUAACCCAUAAUGCUUUGCGAAAUUUUUUUCCACAAGUAAACGUCAACUCUGGGAAUGCUAAUUUUUCCAUUGAUAACUUAGAGUUUACGGAGUAAAUCAUAAUAUUGUAUUAUUAGGUUUCAAUUUAAAUAAGCAUUGGUCAUCGUAACAAGAAGUAUAAAACAUGGCAACAGGGGAGUGUGUAAAGGUCAUCGUAAGAUGUCGGCCAAUGAAUGCAAGGGAAAAUGACCUGAAAUGUAAAUGUGUACUACAGAUGGAUGGUAACAGGGCCCAGUGCGCCAUAACAAACCCACAUGAUGCUAAGGCACCACCAAAAAGUUUUACAUUUGAUGGAUCGUAUUUUGUUGAUUCAACGACAGAAAAUAUCUACAAUGAGAUAGCAUAUCCACUUGUCGAGGGUGUCACAGAAGGUUAUAAUGGAACAAUAUUUGCCUAUGGACAGACUGGUUGUGGCAAGUCAUUCACGAUGCAGGGUAUUCCAGAUCCACCAACUCAACGAGGUAUUAUUCCCAGAGCAUUUGAUCAUGUAUUUGAGACUGUAUCCUGUGCAGACCAGACAAAGUUUCUGAUCCAUGCCUCAUACUGUGAAAUUUACAAUGAAGAGAUACGUGAUCUUCUUGGCAAGGACAUCAAGGCAAAGCUAGAUCUUCAUGAACAUCCAGAGAAAGGAGUCUAUGUCAAUGGUCUUUCAACACAUCCGGUACAUAAUGUUGUUGAAUGUAACAAAAUCAUGGAAAAGGGUUGGAAGAACAGAUCAACCGGAGCCACAUUGAUGAACGCUGAUUCCUCGCGAAGUCAUUCCAUAUUUACCAUCAUGUUAGAGAUGAUGUCGGCUGAUGAAGCUGGUGAGGAACAUAUACGAGCAGGAAAGCUAAAUCUUGUAGAUUUAGCGGGUAGUGAAAGACAAGCAAAAACAGGGGCUACCGGAGAUCGUCUGAAGGAAGCCACCAAAAUCAAUUUGUCUCUAUCGGCUUUGGGUAAUGUAAUUUCUGCAUUAGUCGAUGGAAAAUCCAAACAUAUACCAUACAGAGACUCGAAACUUACUCGUCUUUUACAAGAUUCUCUUGGCGGGAACACAAAAACACUGAUGGUUGCUUGUCUGUCGCCGGCCGACAAUAAUUACGAUGAAACAUUAAGUACGUUGAGAUAUGCUAAUCGUGCGAAGAACAUUAAGAACAAGCCCAAGAUCAAUGAGGAUCCAAAAGAUGCUCUGCUCAGACAAUAUCAGGAGGAGAUAGAGAGGUUGAAGGCCAUGUUGAUGGGGCAGAUACCUAUGCCAGAGGGGGGAUUUACAGAUGUUAUGGCUGGUGACACCAGUCAGAUGUCAAGUCGGUCAAAGGGAUCAGAUGACUCAGCUCGUCUGGAAUUAGAAGAAGAAAAGAAGAAGAUAAAAGAGGACUAUGACAGGAAGUUGGAGGAAAUGCAACAACAAUAUGAAACAGAGAAAAUAAGCAAAGCAAAACUUGAACAGGACAUGAUGAAAUUACGGCAGUUUUAUGACAGCCGACUGGCAAAUGUUGACGGACAAAUUGAGAAACUUCCCACAACCGCCGAAAAAAAACGCCAAAACACAAAUGAUUCUCAACAAAUGCGUGUGAUGGCAUUCCAAAACUUGAUGGAAGCUUUCAAGCUUGCCACUGAUCAGAAAAUGACGUUACCUCCACAAAGUAAAGGUGAGGAUGUUACAACAGUACCUGGUGUUUCAGCUCAGCAAGCUGGGCAACAGCCACAGGGUGGGUCUCAGCCAGCUGGGAAACAGUCACAGGGUGAGACACAGCAAGUUGUUGUGGUUCCUGUCCUCAAUCCAGAUGGAACUCCUGCCAAGGAUGCAGAAGGACAUGUUAUUACAAAAACAGAGUAUGUGACAAAGACAGAAUAUGUUAAUGUUGAACAGAAUGGAGAAGUUGGAGGGAGGCCCAGCUCUGUGAUGGGAGAACGUCUACCAUCAGGCCCAGAUGUCGAUGAUGUGAGACUCCAGAGUGUUAGUGGAUCUGAAGACCUGCAGGCAUCUACAAGCAGUAAGGGUUCAGUUUUUGCCCCUAAUGCUCAGGUACCUACACAGGCAAAGGAGAAAACAGCCAUACAACACCCUGACCAGGACAAAAAAGUUACCAUAGUGAAUGGACAGAUGGUGAUACGGUCUACAACAGCUUCUGGAGAUGAGAACAUUCUGGUACGACCUACGACUGCAGGAGGUCGCAAGGCUGCACCCGUCACAUCUGAAGAUGUAGCACCAGGGUCCUUGGCUCCAAGGUCUUCCCCAACUCAUUCAAGUAUGCAAGAACAGCUGAGAUUUCAGCAAAAUGAAGCUCUCAAAAGACUUCAGGAGUUGGAACAGCAGAUGGUUGGAGGAGAAAAUAGAGAGGACAAUGAAUUGAAAGAGAGAAGGAAGAAAAGAAAACAAUUUGCAGAUGAAAGAAAAAGAAAACUAGCAGAGGCUAUAGCCAACAUGGAUGAUGAUGGUAUCAUGCUGGAUAUCUAUGACCAGAUGGGAGAUAAACAGAAAGUUACAGAAAAAAGAUUGGAAAAAGAAAAGGAAAAGUGUGAGGGGUUGAAGAGAGAAGUUCUGGACUUACAAUCAGAGUUCGAGUUUGAGCGCAUAGAUUAUCUUGAUUCUAUACGCAAACAAGAAAAAGAAAUAAAACUUUUACAAAAAAUAAUAGAUGUGAUACAUCCAUGUUUGCGUAAAGAUUGUAACUAUAGCAACCUGGACAGAAUAAAAAUGUUAAGUAAGUGGGAUGAAGAUGAACAGAAGUGGAUAAUGCCAGGAUUGAAGAUAGAGAAGACUGCCCUACCAGUUACAGGUACCACACUACCUACUGGAGUGAAUGGUCACAGAAGCCCACGGAUGGUAAAUGGUGACUAUGAUGACUUUGAGGACAGAUUUAGACAUAAAAUCAUGCGCAGUGAGGACAAGACGGGUAACUAUUUCCAGACAAAACGGCCCAGUCAGCUGGUCUCUGAGCCACUUACAAAAGUUGACAUGUCUGAAGUGAAAAGAAACUAUAACAUACAGCCACAAAAUGUUUUACCAAUGAGCAAUGGCUUUGGUGGUCGUAAUAGUUUAGUGGACAUGGAUGAGCCCAUGAGUAGUGGACUAAAGGCGGCAAAAGUCCAUGGGCAGGUCAUGAAUGAUGAGGGAGUUGUCAGAAAACCGACAAGGUUGCAGGCACUAGGGCCUGUAGGGAAAAAGGAGAAAAGGAAGAAGAAAAAUAAUUACGACGAUGGUUAUUGAUGAAAGGGAACAUGUUAGAAAAUCUGUUUUUGAACUUUAUACUGUUUAGCUACUUUUGUAGAAAAGACAGAAAGUAGGUAUUGGUAGCCCAGUAUAAAACUAUUGUAACUGCUUCAUGAUUUAUGUGCAGUUAGAAUAGUUUUGCACUGCGACAAUGUAUCAGUUGUCUUUCUGUUUCACUGGCAGAUUAAUUCUAGAGGUUUUCUAUGACAGGUAACCAGAUAACACUGAGUGUUUUAGAAGUUUGUGUUUAUUUUUACAGAAUGCAGUUUAUUUAUUAUCUCAGUUUUUUUCCAGGUUAAGCCUGUAACUUUUAUUUUGUUAGACAUCUGGAAUGGAGCAACAUCUUUGUUAACAUUUUUAUGACUUUUUGUGCCCCCCUCCCCCAUGAGUGGUGGGGGCAUAUAGAUUUGGUCUUAUCCGUGCGUGCGUCCGUCCAAAGUUCGUGAUUGCCUACCUCGAAAAGUAUUUGAUAUAAAUUGAUGAAACCUUGCAUGAGUCUUUAUCAUGAUAUGAACUUGCACACCUCCUAUUUUUGGUCUGGCCCCUAUUUUCAGAGUUAUGGCCUGUGAAAUAGUCAAAAAUGCACUUUUUUCACCUAAUUAUGUGCAUAGUUCAAAAAGUAUUAGAUGUAAAUUCAGGAAACCUUACUGGAGUCUUUAAUGUGAUGUGACCUUGCUAACUUGGCAUUCUUCUUGGAAUCUUAGCUCUUAUUACAGAGUUAUAGCCCUUGAAAUAGCCAAAAUAGUGGAUUUUUGUUUGUGAUGCUCAUAGCUCAAAAAGUGUAGGGACUAGAAUAAUGAAUGCUUUUCAUAAAAUGUUUGUUGAGGCUAUACCCCAUUAAGACUGCAAAUAUUUGAAUUAUUGCCCCUUAUUUGUGACAAAUGUACCAGUUGGGGGCACACCCUGUGUCCUACAGACACAUUCUAGUUAAAUAUUACCCCCAAUUUUGUAAGUUACUAGUAAUGCAGAAAAUGUUGAAAACAGUAUCAAUAAAUGAAAUGCAAAGCAACUUCAGUCUUUUAAGUUCUUUCAUGUUCUAAAAUGGCGUAAGUGCAAUGAAAAAUAUAACAUUUUACUUUUCAUAAAAUAAUGAUAACUGAGUGUGAAUUUCAUCCAGUACAGAAAGUUAUAAAGAUUCACAUGUCAUCAUAUCAGUAACAUGCACAUAUUUUCUUUUAUUAUAUACCUAUAAAAAUUCUGUAAAAAAAUCAGCUUGUAUUUCACAAUUAAAUAUGAACAGACAGACAAAAAUUCCGUAUUGUUCCUUUUAAAUUCUGUAUUGUACCUUCCGUAUUGUAUGCUGCUGGACUAUUUUCAUUAAUAUGCAUGACCCGGCACAUUUCUAUAAAUAGCGCACAUAAAAACUUCUCUAUUAUUAGUUCCAUUUAAUAUCGAUAAACACUGAAGAUUUUGUUCAAGAACAAAACAAGAAUCAAAAUGGUAAAGGUAUAUAAUAAAAGGGUCAUUAUAACAGUAGCUAGAUCUGGGACUUUGUAUUCAGCUCUCGUGGAUUUUGCAAGGUUGGAUCACACCCGGCGCUUGCGCGCCUCGUGAGAUCCAAUCUGGCAAAAUCCACUCGAGCCGAAUACUGCAUCCCAGAUCAAGCUACUGUUAUAAUAAUCCUAUUAUAUUCAUUUAAAAUGUCAAAGCUUUAUUUUUAGAACUGAUCAGAAUGAUAUCAUGUUAUUUUUAGAACUGAUAUAUGUCACUGCAUGCUAUUUUUAGAACUUGUAAUGUGAUUGGAUGUUAUUUUUAGAACUGAUUACUAUGAUUGCAUGUUAUUUUUAGAAGUGAUAGUCAAUGUGAUUGGGUGAUACACAUUCACAUUUAUAUUUUGUAAUUGUAUUUUUAUGCUUUUGUUGUCCAUCCAUAUAAGAGAAAAAAAAAGCAUUGAAAAAAUACAAGCCAAGAGGGUAAAUUAAAUCUGAUAUUACAAGACUUAGGUUAAAACUUUCGAGCUUUUUAAGUGUAAUAAUGUACUGUAUUAAGUAUGCAUGUGUACAUAAGGCUCUCGGGCUUAGUCGUAUUAGUUUAGGGAGAGGAUACAGAUCACUGGGUCUUGACUUGAUCUCCAGGUGAGGCCUAUGUUCACCCUUAUGACUUGGUUAAAGACACUGCAUCUGAAGUCAUUUCGUCCUCCACCUCAGAUUCAUGUGGAGAAGUUUGCACUUACUGGUGGAGAACAGAUUAAUACUGGUACAGAAUCCAGGAACACUGGUCGGGUUAACUGCCUUCAUCUGUAUAACUGAAAUACUGUUGAAAAACAAUGCUAAACCCAAAACAAACAAAAACAUUUGUAUAUACAUGUAUUUUCACAGUAACUUACAUGUAUAAGUAUGAUACAGUCUUGUAUGCAGCAACAGCUCAAUUUUAGCUCUUUGAAUCAGUUUAACAGCAAACUUACCUACAUAUAGCAUUGAAAUGGAAAACAGGGUUUCCUUUACUCAGUAUAAUUUUGUCUCCUGGCUCUAAGCACAAUAAUAAUGUUUAUAUUUUGUGAUUGAUACCUUUACUAUUAGUAUGUUAGAGCAGAAAUUUGUUGAUCAAAUUCUGUGGGUAGUGACUGCUGUUUCACUAGAAAUUGUAAAAAUUUAAUGUUUGUUAACAAUCUGCGGUUUUAUUAUACAAGAUAUAUUUGUACAAAAGUGUGACAGAUUAAAAUGUAUGUGAUUAUAUUAUACCAAGACUUUUCACAAAUUUGAUACCAAUUUCACAUGUUUGUAACAAAUCAUAUCAAAUAGGGUAGUCUGGAAAUGUCCGUCCAUGUAAUUGAAUGUCUGUUCCCAAGUACACAAUGUACAUUUUAUUUUCUUUAUUUGAUUUGGAAUAUUUUGCAUAAAAGUGCUGUAAUAUAUGACUUUAUGACUUUAUUAUUGAUUCUUAUUUAUGAUGUGUCUGUGAACAGUAACAUAUUUAUUUUGGUUGUGAUUUGCAUAAUAAAUACAACAUAUUUGAAAACUACAUAUUGAAUAUACGUAUCACACAAAAGUAUAUAUUUAUUCCAUGCAUGAAUGUAGUAUUUCACCAUCACCAAACAGUUAUAAAUUUGCAAUGACAUUAUAAUUUAUAAGUUGCACGACAAUGGUACAUUGGUGUAUGGGAAGUAGUAAUUUAUUUAGAAAACAUUGUUCCAGUUCAAGAAAUGAUAUCCUUAUAUGUGUUUUUCUUAUUUAUGCAAGAAGGGUAUGUAACAGAAUAUUUAAGACUUAAAGAGACUUGCUUCUAGAUUAACGUAACAGUAUGUUAUCUUUUCAAAAUAGAUGAAAAUAUCGUAGGUGAAUGAGAUUGAAGUUGUUAAUACUUUUAAUAUACUGUACAAAGUUCACUAAAGCACUACAUAAUAUUUCUAAUAAUUGUACCCUAUUACCAAAGGGGUAAAGAGAAUUUUCAGUAUGUUCACAAUUUAACAAACAUGUUUUUGAUACAGAUAUUGGCCAUGGAAGUUUUCUUUUUCAGUAGCAAUAUAAAUCAUAAUGUAGUGCUUUCUUUUUUUACAAAAUGUUUAAUUAAUCUGGAAGUGAGUCCCUUUAAAUAUUGGACUUGAAAGUAAAUACAUUACUCUGUGUUUAGGUGACAGUUUUCCAGUUUUCUGAGAUCAUGUAUAAUGAGUUUGACAUUAGCAGUAAACUUAUGCAAUGAAACCUUUUAAGAAAAUAAAUAAAAUAAUACAUUUGUUUAAUUUGUUAAUGGCUGGAACAAGCUAAGCACCUUUAGAGUUGGAAAUAAUGUUAGAUAUUUGCAUUCUUUUAAUUGUAUCUUUACCUUUAUUAAGUUCAUACUUUUCUUACUUUGUUUGAUAUGGAAACAACAGAAACAAAAUGUUCAUGCUGUCUCUUUUGUAACUAUUUGCUGCGAUCUUACAGCAUUUAGUUUGAUAACUCUCAUGUCAUGUUAAUGUUUUUGUAAUUGUAAAGUAAUCAUGUGUUUUAUUAAAUCAAGAGUGUUUUUUCAUGUUAAAGCUACAUUAUACAUUGAAGUAUAAGUAAAAUUUAAGAAAAUGAAUCAUUUCAUUUUACAUUUUAAAUUCAAUGCAUUUGUAUUUUUAUCGGAUAGCUCUCUAGCUACUUAAAUCUUUUGAAAAUAAUUGACCUUUUUAGCAAAGUUUCUACCAAAUUAUUGUUCUGUCUCCUUUUUCAUUUUUGGCUUGUCGUUUUUGACCAAUUUUCAUAAUUUCUAAAUAGGCAAAACGUAAAUAAAUACCAAUAAAAUGAAUGUUAUAGCCACACAUUUUUUUUCUAAGGAACACUCUUCAUAUAAAAAGAACAAUAUUAUCAUUCCUUAGUCAACAAAACACCUCAAAAUAACACCUACAAGACAUAUAUUGGCAGAUGUUCUGUGAUAUAUUGAUUUAGUAUGUUUUACAUGAAAAGCAAUUUUCAGGACCAAAUCAAUCAGUCAUAUGAUUUUUUUUUACAGCUUAUUUUGACGACACCAUAUUCACUUUUUAAAUGUUUUAAAAUAUGUACUUUUAUAUAAAAGUAUCUCAACCAGACACACAGUUUGGCUUCUGUAGUAUUCUUUAAGUUUUGACAAAUGAUUUGUUAUGUACAUACUUGGGUACAUAAUGUCAUGGUGAAGAAAAAUGAAUUAAGGGAAAUUUUUGGAUAUUGUCUAAAUAUAAAAAAAAUGAGCUUUACAUGUGUGUUACAUCAAAAGUCAGUCGAAAAUGUUUUUAAAUCGAAAAUGUUAAGUUUUAUUAUUAAGUAGGCUGUAUUUUUAUCGGUCAAAUAUCAGUAUAUGCUGUAUGUAGAUGUAGCAUCACGUAGAUGUUCCUGUUAUAAACUUUAUUUUUCUAAAGAUUUUUUUUUAUGUCCCCCUUUGAAAAAGGAGGGGUAUAUUGUUUUGCAGAUGUCCGUCGGUAGGUUGGUCUGUCGGUCGGUCGGAAUGUAGACCUAUCCGUUUCCGGAUGAUAACUCAAGAACGCUUGGGCCUAGGAUCAUGAAAAUUGAUAGGGAGGUUGGUCAUCACCAGUAGAUGACCCUUAUUGAUUUUGAGGUCUGUAUAUCAAAGGUCAAGGUCACAGUGACCCUGAAUAGUAAAACGGUUUCCGGAUGAUAACUCAAGAACACUUGGGCCUAGGAUCAUGAAAGUUGAUAGGGAGGUUGGUAAUAACCAGCAGAUGAACCCUAUUGAUUUUGAGGUCAGUAUGUUAAAGGUCAAGGUCACAGUGACCCUGAACAGUAAAACAGUUUCCGGAUGAUAACUCAAGAAUGCUUAGGCCUAGGGUCACGAAAAUUGAUAGGGAGGUUGGUCAUGACCAGCAGGUGACCCCUAUUGAUUUUGAGGUCAGUAUGUCAAAGGUCAAGGUCACAGUGACCAGGAACAGUAAAAUGGUUUCCAGGCAAUAACUCAAGAACGCUUGGGUCUAGUGUCAGGAAAAUUGAUAGUUAGGUUGGCCAUGACCAGCAGAUGACCCCUAUUGAUUUUGAGGUCAUUAGGUCAAAGGUCAAGGUCACAUUGGCCAGGAACAGUUAAAUGGUUUCUGAUCUUCUUGUCCAAAACCAUAGGGCCUAGGGCUUUGAUAUUUGGUUUGUAUCAAAAUCUAGUGGUCCUCUACCAAGAUUGUUCAGAUUAUUUCCCUGGGGUCAAAUAUGGCCCCACCCCUAGGGUCACAUGGUUUAUAUAGACUUAUAUAGGAAAACACUUUGAAAAACCUCUUGUACAAAACCACAGGGCCUAGGGCUUUGAUAUUUUGUAUAUGACAUCAUCUGGUGAUCCUCUACUAAGAUUAUUCAAAUUAUUCCCCUAGGGUCAAAUAUGGCUCCGCCCUGGGGGUCACAUGGUUUACAUAUACUUAUACAGGGAAAAACUUUGAAAAUCUUCUUGUCCAAACAGCAAAGUCUAUGGCUUUGGUAUUUUGUAAUGUAGCAUCAUUUAGUGGUUCUCUACCAAGUUUGUUCAAGUUAUCCCUCUCCAGUCAAAUAUGGCCCUGCCUCAGAGGUCAGAUGGUUCAUAUAGACUUAUAUAGGGAAAAACUUAGAAUCUUCAUGUCCAUAACUUACAUCAUUCAAAUUUUGACCACAUGGACCACAUGUAUAGUUUUGAUUGGCAAGAUGAACCUUGACAUGAGUUGACCUUGAUCUUGACCUAGUGACCUACUUUCACAUUUUUGUACCUACAGCCUUCAAAUUUGGACCACAUGCAUAGGUUUGUGUACUGAAAAAAACUUUGACCUUGUUAUUGACCUAGUGACCUACUUCCACAUUUUUGAAGGUACAGGUUUCAAAUUUGGACCACAUGCAUAGUUUUUUGUUCCAAAAUAAAGUUUGACCUUGAUUUUGACCUAGUGACCUAGUUUCACAUUUCUCAAGCUACAGCCUUCAAAUUUGAACCACAAGCGUACUUUUGUGUACUGAAAUGAACUUUGAUCUUGAGAUUGACCUAGUGACCUACUUUCACAUUUCUGAAGGUACAGACUUCAAAUUUGGACCACUUGCAUAGUUUUGUGUUCUGAAAUAAAAUUUGACCUUGAUUUUGACCUAGUGACCUACUUUCACAUUUCUCAAGCUACAGCCUUCAAAUUUGAACCACAUGCAUAGUUUUGUGUACCGAAAUGAACUUUGAUCUUAAGAUUGACCUAGUGACCUACUUUCACAUUUUUGAAGGUACAGGCUUCAAAUUUGGACUGCUUGCAUAUUUUUGUGUUCUGAAUUGAAAUUUUACAUUGAUUUUUAUCUAUUACCUACUUUCACAUUUCUCAAGCUACAGCCUCCAAAUUUGAAGCAUAUGCAUAGUUCUGUUUACCGAAAUGAACUUUACCUUGAAAUUGAUCUAGUGACCUGCUUUCACAUUUCUCAAGCCACCGCUUUCAAAUUUGGACCACAUACACAUUGUUUUGUACCUAAAUGAAAUUUGACAUUGAUUUUGACCUUGAGCUAGUAUUGAAAUUUGGAACAUUCAAAAAUGGCUCAGUGGCUGGCGCCAAGAUCAAUCUGUAAUCUCUUGUUAGGUUAAUAGGUUAAAGGUCAAGGUCAGAUUAAACCAGAAUGGUAGUACUUUUGUUUACAGUGAGCAUAUAAUUUCUGUUCCUUGUGCAAUUACUAAAUGCAUCAAGGGGGGCAUUUCGUGCUCGACGAGCUCUUGUUUAUUUUCAGACACUGGUAAUGGCAAAAAAAAUAAUAUGUAGAGAAACUACUUGUACUAGAUAUUUCAUUUAAAGGUGUCUUGUUGAAAUAACUUGUGUCUUCAUAUUUUAAAGUCUUGAAUGAUCUUUGUUUACAUUCCGUCCUGAUGCAGUAUUACAUAAUUAUAAUAUAUUCACCUCUGUGAUGAUAUUUUUGUUGUUGUUAAAUUAAUUGAAAUAAAAUUUGCUGUAUGAACUUGUUU